UUGCUUGUUGAAGGAAACACUUUCAGAUGGGAGGUCGAGGUCACUUCUGAAUGCUCAGCCGUGUGCGGCGCGGGAACACAAAGCCAGCGAGCGUAUUGUGUUCACGAACUGUCGAACAAGGUUCUGCAACGAGUGGACGACGCGCACUGCAGAGAUCUGUCGAUGCCGUCGUCCACCAGAGACUGCUACAAAGACUGCGCCGGCCGCAAGUGGGUUUACGGAGAAUGGGGGACCUGUUCCGUGACAUGCGGCAGCGGGCUGCAGAAACGAAACGCGAUGUGCGUCGACUCCGGGGGCAACGUGUUGGAUGGCCUUUACUGCGAGAACAUGAUUAAAGAGGCGCUCGAACAGAGCUGCAACACCGUCCCGUGUCCGUACUGGUCGUACGGCGACUGGUCCAUGUGCUCACAGACGUGUGACGGUGGCAUCCAGGUUCGACGGGCGACGUGUGUGGAUGCAGCGGGACGCGAAAUCGACGAUAGCUUUUGCGACGCCGACAAAAGAUUGUACAUGCAGAAAUGCAACGAGGUUUUGUGCACCAACUGGAAGUUCGGCGCAUGGUCAGAGUGUUCAAAAACGUGUGGCGAGGGCUUGGCCUCCCGUUCAGCAUGGUGUGUCGACAGUAAGAACAAUGUACUUGACGACUCGAUGUGCAUCAAGGAACAAAAGAUCGUCAGUAAGCCGUGCCACGUUACCGACUGUCCCCACUGGCAACUCGGCGAAUGGUCGCAGUGUUCCCAAACUUGUCUCGACGGCUGGCAGAGUCGACAGGUGUCCUGCUUCGACAGCAGGGGCGAGGAAAUCGACGCCAGACACUGUUCAAGCAAUGGUCAGCCUCAACCGCCCACUCAUCAGCCUUGCAACCUCGGUCCUUGCCCGUUUUGGAAGUAUCAGGAAUGGAGUCCGUGCUCUGUUACUUGUGGCAAUGGUACCCAAACUCGAGUGACAGAAUGUGUGUUCAAAAACGAAGUGGUCGACGCUGGCUAUUGUAAGGAUCUGCAAGAACCUGAAAGAUAUAAGACGUGUCAACUCGUCGCUUGCCCAGAAUGGGAAGUUGGACCAUGGGAAAUGGUACAUUUUAAUUAUGAGUAUCAGUGGAUCUGUUUAAUAAAUGCAAGUCAUUCAGUGUUCAGUGACCUGCGGCACUGGUUACCAAAGGCGCCCGAUUCGCUGCGUUUACGCGGAUCAGCGCAUCGUCGCUCAGGAAGGGGCUUGCAGUCACAAUCGAAAGCCAAAGAUAAUGCGAGAGUUGUUUAUUUUUACUUCGGAUGGACCUGCGAUACCGGGAGUUUGAUGGUUUCGGCGAUCAUCUCGCCGGUGACGGCCGUCAUUUCGACCUCGCUGAAGAAGGCGCCGCCGGACAGCACCUCGCCGAACAAACACGACAGCCCGACGACGUGGGAAGUGAGCGAAUGGUCAGAGUGUUCAGCGUCAUGCGGGUCCGGCGAACAGCGGCGUUACGUGGCAUGUCGCGACGUUUACUCGCGAGUCUUGCCUAACAUCUACUGCAGUCACGAGCCGGCUCCGGAACGCAAGCAGGUCUGCACGAUGCCACCGUGUGGCAGAUGGCAUGCAGGACCAUGGCAAAUGUGCUCCUCGACUUGCGGCGUGCAUGCGAAAGUGCAGCGCAAAGUUGUGUGUUUGUCAGUGCAAACCGGCGAAGAGAUCGACGUGUCUAAGUGCAAUAAGACUAGUCAGCCGCCCCGUGAGAAAAGCUGCUCACUACCCACAUGUCCGGUGUCUUCCUCUUCUACCUCAUCCUCGUCACCACCGUUAUCGAAUUCUAACCGAACUGCCAAAAAGACGGCCCCGUUUAGAUGGUUCGCCGGUGAAUGGAGCGAAGUAACUUAUCAUUUCGUGAUAUGUCACUCAUACCGUUGUUAUUUACGUAAACAGUGUUCGAGCGACUGCGGCGUCGGUUGGCAGCAGCGACUGAUUGUCUGUUUACCGGCAGUAGGACCUAGCCUUAUGUCGUACUGUCCGCUUGAGCACCAACCGCCUGCGUUUCAGCUUUGCCAAGGAAAAAAAUGCUAUAAAUGGAAAGUCGGUGACUGGAAGCAAUGCUCAAAAUCGUGCGAUGGCGGACAGCAGGUGCGCCUGGUCGAGUGUGUGACGGACGCUGGCAAUCGGGUGCCGAACGAAAAGUGCAAAGCGGCCAUGCCUGAGUCCAUGCGUUCCUGCAGCACCCAGAAGUGCCCUGUGCGUCGCCUGAUCUGGCGGACAGGGAAGUGGUCUCCGUGUUCCUCGUCCUGUGGGCGCGGCGUGCGGACCCGUGAAGUAUACUGCUUCAAUCGCGAUUCCAGCGCCAAAAUCGACGACCUGUACUGUGCCAACCUGCAGAAACCAGCCGUCUACCAUCGCUGCCGGACGUCCAGUUGUCCAAAGUGGAGGUCACAAGGUUGGUCACACGUAAGUCGACGUUUUUUCCUCGAUCACCAGUCACUGACUUCUUUCUAUCGCAGUGUUCGGCACAAGAUCCUCCACGACUCCAAAUGCAAUGGACAGGAAAAACCACCAAGUGUGUCCGCUUGCCACAUGCAAGCAUGUCCGUUUUACCGAUGGGUAACGGGCGAGUGGUCUCCGUGUUCGCGCUUCUGUGGCGAGCAACAACAAAUUAGAGAGGUGUACUGCGAUAACAACUACGGUCAAAGAGCGCCGCCAAGUUAUUGUGAUUCCGUGAAAAAGCCAGUUGCAGUGAGGCUUUGUCUGAGCGACCAGUGUCCCUUCGAGUGGUCCCCUGGGCCUUGGACUUCGUGCUCUAAAACAUGUGGUACCGGCGAACAGUAUCGCACGAUGUCGUGUGUCAAUAAAAAUGUGGACAACAACGGCGUAGAAGUGCCAGUCAGCCACUGUGCCGCACUGCCGCAGCCUGUCUCCAGACGUCACUGCUCUGUAGGAUCCUGCGAAGCCGAGUUCUAUUGGCAGGCCGACGAAUGGUCAGAGUGUUCGGUGACUUGCGGCUGGGGCGUACAGGUUCGACGUCUGCGCUGCGUCAGUCGUGCCGGCAAGAAAGUUGACCGAAACCAGUGCGACUCCAGUCUGAGGCCAAGAAGGCGUCGCCGGUGCAUGCGGAGCAGCUGUGAGUUUCGUCUUUUGUCCCCACCUCGCUGCCAGCCGAGGGACUGCGCCGAGAUCAGAGAAAACCGCAAAGUCGAUACCGACGGCACCUAUGACGUACUGGUCAAUGGCCAGAGGGUUAGCAUCUACUGCUUCGGCAUGAACACCCAUCAUCCGAAGGAAUAUCUGUCGUUGUCGAUCGAUUUCCGAAACAAUUUCGCAGAGUUCUAUCCGUACAGACUUCUCUAUCCGUUCACUUGCCCUCAUAAUGGCCAAAGGAACGACAGCUGCGAAUGUUCUAUUGAAAACAUACCCCGACCUGGCUUAACCAGGUUCAGAAAAGUGCGAAUCGAUCUGCAUAAUAUGAAAAUCAACCGUAGAUCCGUCGAGCGUUUCUGCAAUGAUUUGCAGACUAAGCUGACAACCUUUCAGGGUCAAUUUAACAUCGACCUCAGCGGAACGGGUUUCAAAAUAUCCGAAGCUACCGAAUGGACUGAAGAUGGCCAUCGUACCUCAAAAAUAAUCGAGCUUAAAAUGGUGAGGAAAGUCUACCUUAAGAUCUGA